UUUGAGGCGGAGUGUCAAGUUGUGGCAGACUGGCAGCGUCACACACUCUCGGCGCCCACCAGUGUCAACACCCAGCUCCCGGCCAGCGCCCAUCCUUGCCCUCCCUUGCUCUGCAUUGCCUCACACCACGCAGCACGCCAACACGACCUCCUAGGAUAAGCAUAACUGUCUAUCUCCAGCUUGUGUCCUGUUAUAUGACAGAUUUAAGAAGCUGUUACUGUGAUCAUGGAGAGAUUUCGGCCUUUGAUUGCACAGUCCAGUAAUUUUAUCGACCCACUGACUGCUGGCCUAUCCAAGGAUGAUGAUACGGUGUCAGUAGGUGAGGAGCCCACCAACUACCUCAGUUCAGGGGCCAGCAGUGACCAACUUAGUUUACGUAGGGAGGACCACUUUAGUGCUAGCCAACCUCCUCGGUUACUUGGUGGCGGACUGCCCUACAGUGCUGAGUGGGCUGAAGUGUGUCGCUGUGUUGGGACACCAGUGAUUCAAAAUUUGGGUCGGAGCGGAGAAAUGAGAGCCAGCAGGUUCCGAUCAGUUUGCUGGAUGGUCUAUCUCCAGAUUCUACCUGACAAUCACACAAAUUGGCUGAACGUGAUCAGAGAGGAACGAGAAAACUAUGAAACCAUCAGACUGCGGUUAAUGGUAACACCAGGCAGCCACAGUGAUGAGGCACUAGACCCUCUACUGAACAACCCUCUUUCCCAGGACCAGGAGAGUCCUUGGAACCAGUAUUUUGAGGACUCAGAACUGAAGAAGCUCAUCAGACAGGAUGUGGUGCGCACUUUCCCUGAAGUGGAGUUUUUCCAGUCCACUCGCAUCCGAGAUCUGAUGGUGACAGUCCUCUUCUGUUAUGCUCGGCAGCACCCUCAGGUUGGCUAUAGACAGGGAAUGCAUGAGGUUCUGGCACCACUGAUUUUUGUACUUCACUGUGACCACCAGGCCCACCAGCAUGCUCACGAGGUCGAUCCAGCUCCGAAUGUGCUUCAGGAGUUAAUGGAUGAAGCAUACUUGGAGCAUGAUGCCUUUGCAUUAUUUGAAGGUGUGAUGAAGGGGCUGGAGCCAUGGUACAUUGUUUUAGAGCAUUCUGCCAACCCUAACCCUCGCUCCUCCAUGCUCAAUGCCCAGCCAUUUGCACGUCCACAGGAUGUGGGUCCCACCAACCAGUUAGUCCAGAAGCUGACGACCAUCCAUGACACACUGUUGCAGAAGCAUGACUCAGCACUGUACACUCACCUGGCCCGCCUUGAAAUACCACCACAGAUAUAUGGCAUCCGUUGGAUUCGUCUUCUGUUUGGACGAGAAUUUCCUCUGCAGGACCUCCUCAUGGUAUGGGAUGCCAUCUUCUCAGACAUCCAACCUGCAUUUCCCCUAGUGGACUACCUCACUAUAGCCAUGCUGAUCUUCAUUAGGGAGCCAUUAUUAUCUGGUGAUUAUACAACCUGCCUCAAGUUCUUGAUGCGCUACCCCGCAGCGGCUGAUGUCCAAUACAUUAUUCAACUUGCUCUUCACCUUCGUAACCCCAAGCAGUACCCCAGGCCACCAGGUUACUCUGGUUUGGCUUCCCUCCACUUACCCACAGUGGGUGGUCGCCCAGAUGUGCAUCGUGGUCCCCAGCAAGUAGCAGCAUCAUCCAGCAUUGCCCGGUCAUCCAGUGUACCACGCACCCAGCAAGGGGCAACACCAAAGACCAGUGAUUCCUCAGAGGAGGCCCCAACCUAUGGCAGUACAGUGCGAAGACUCUCCUCUCCCAAUGCCUUUACUGAUCCUCUCAAUGCGGCUGUGAUCUUCAGUAAUAGUGAAAGUAAAAGUAGCAACACACGAACCAGUAGAGGUGAAGGAGGAAGAACCUUAGACAAUAGCAGCAACAAUGUGAACAGUAGCAGUGCACCUGGGACCAGCAACCGUGCCAGCAUGGUGGUGUCAGGGUUGGUGAGAUUUGGAGGCAAGCUUGGCCGUCCCAGGGAGUUACCUGUUUCUCGACACCUUUCCAUCCAGUCUCCUUCUACUCCACCAGCCAGCACAACUACUGAACACACUGCAUUCAUGACUUCUCAAGUACAAAGUGUUUCAUCAGCAUCAACUAUGAAAGAACUUGCUGUGGUAAGAAGCAAAUCAGUACCAGAAGGAGAGAAGGAGGUGGCACCUUGCAAGCUUAUCAGUACACAAUCCUCUGAGGACAGUGAAGAAGAGAGCUCUGAAAAGAAACCCUCAACUGAACCAGAGUCAGAGGUGAGGAAAGAUACUUACAUCCCAGUGCUUGUGAAGAGUCUGAGUGUUGAAGAUUUGUCAGCUGUGUGUCUUGGCUGUGCCAUGAACCUCUCUCAUCACACAGCCACUCUUAAGACAAGACUGGAGCAGCUCAACGUGCAACCAGAUAUUACCUUACGUACUGCUCUAGAUGGCAUCUCUGAGGUGAUAGAUACUCUGUCAAGUGUGCAAACUCAAGUAAAAACUUCAAGCAGUAGUAGUACAUCCAAUGGGCAGAGUGAUGGGACUCCAGCUCUUGGCCAGUCUAGAGCUCAGACUCAUCCUUCCACCUCAUGAGUCAUGGUGUAUUGUAAUGGUAGGCAACAUUAAUCACAUUUCUGUUAUCAUUAUAUUUUUAAAAUGCUCAUUGUUUUAGCCAUUUGUAAAGGAACACUGGCAGUAUUAAUAUCACACACACACACACACACACACACACACACACACACACACACACACACACACACACACACACAGUGUUGGAGGACUGUGCUUUUAUUUGUAUGUUAGUUACAAUGUUAUAUUGAUUUCAAUAUUUUUUAAUUGUGCCAUGUCCAAAUGAUGCAUAUGAUUUACUCUUGUUCUUACUAUUUAAUCAUUAGAUUUUUAUAAAAGGUUAUAUGAUUGAUGAAUGUUGUUUAGAAGUAGAUAAUUGAUUUUGGAUAAUGAGAAAGAGAAAGAGAGGUAGAUCUCCUCAUGGCUUUUAAAUAAUAAACCGAUAAAUUUUACCAUUACCUUUGUACAAUAAAGCCAACCAUUGAAAAGGAACCAUACAGUGGCAUUUUUCACUCACUGUACCAAAAUGUUUCACAUCAGCAUACAUGUGCCUGAGCAUUACAAAAAUCAUUGGUACUCAAAAUGUAGAACCUUAACAACACUGACCAUCAACCUGUGUUUUGCAUUAUUACCUUAUUUUACCAGGGAUCAAUUACGGGGGAGCUAUCAUAACAGAUAUCAGGACCUAGGUAAGGCAGCCUUUUGAUGAUGUAUUCUGCUGUUGAAGUUAAUAAGUGAAUUAUUCUGAAGUUCCAAAUUAAGAGAACUUCUUCAUGAUUGCCACUUAUGUAGUUAUGAUGAUAGUUAUAAUGCCAUUAUUAUUAUUAUUAUUAUUAUUAUUAUUAUUAUUAUUAUUAUUAUUAUUAUCAUUAUUGUCCUAAUUAUUAUUAUUUAUUAUCAUUGUUAUUUUUAAUCAUUAUGGCUGACUUUAAUGAUAUACUGUAUAUGAUAUGAUGUAUUGAAAACCAUUGAUAAAAGAUAAAUAAGACUAGGAUUGCUGGGAAACACUCAAACACUUAAGCAGGUUUGUUUUGGUUCACUGAAAUCAGUAACAUCGAGAAAGUAACACUGAAAAGAGUUCAACACUUCCUUUUGUGAUAUUUUUUACAUUUAUUGUGUAUUAUAUUGAAUGAUACAUUAAUCAUUGCUUAUUGUUCAGAAGUGGGCUACUACAAAUAUAAGAUUUGUUCACUUUGAGUAUAAUAAGGCUUAUAAGUUUCUCACUAAUUCAUUGUACCAUUUUAUUAUUAUAUGGAAACAAAGCUAAAAAAUUAUUGAUUUGAUUAAAGGUCAAGUUGUAUAUGGUACCUAUGUAGAUGGUACAGUGGGCCAUUGUUAUGUUUGUAUUUUAUACCAGACACUUGCAUAUGUCAAAAACUCACCAAUAACUGUCAUCAUUCCAAAAUUCCAUGGUAUAAUGGUAUAUUGCAGAAGAAAGCUUUUUCUUUAUUCAAACACAUGGUAAUCAAACUGUACAUUUGUAAAUGAAAGAAUGAAUAACCAUGGCUUGGAUCAUUAAUGCUAAGAAAAAUGAGAUGGGGAGGGAAAGGAGAAGAUCAGGCAAGAAUCACAAGAGGGCUUAUCUCAGGGAUCAUCUUUAUCAUUGAUCCCUCAUUGGUAAAUUAACUUCUUUUGGCUUGAAAGCUCUUCACUGCUGUAGGUAAUGCUUGAAAGUUAUUUAUGAGUCCAUCAUGACCACAUCCAAGAUAAACACACACCUCUUUCUGAUCUAAUCUGCCAUUUAGAAUUAUUUUUGUCACAAUUUUAGAUAACUUAAAAUUUAUUGAAAAUAACACAUGAAUAAUGUAGUUAAAUAACAAUUAUUAGGUGUGUUUUUAUUCAUCAUUAUGAUAUAUACAUAUAUCUAUAUUUUUUACUGGUGGUGGCCAGCAGUCUCUUGUACUUACAUAUUGCCAUACCACCACCUGUCACAAGGAAUGUUCUCAUUCUAUCAAAUUAUUAUGUCACAUAGAUAUUACUUACAUAUUGCUAAUAUUCACAAAACCUUACUACUGGUCAUCUGGGACAUAUUUUGCAUCAGACUAGUGAAGGUGUUGGUUGUCCAGAUGCAUUGUACAUUACACUCAGAGUUUCUCUCUCUCUCUCUCUCUCUCUCUCUCUCUCUCUCUCUCUCUCUCUCUCUCUCUCUCUCUCUCUCUCUCUCUCUCUCUCUCUCUCUCUCUCUCUCUCUCUCUCUCUCUCUCUCUCUCUCUCUCUCUCUCUCUCUCUCCAUGAAAAUAGUAAUAUUUUAUACAAUGACAGGUGUACAUUUGUUUAAGACUAUUUUUUCUGUCCAAACUAGUAUCUUCCAUGUGAAGCUAGUCACAAUUUGGGCUGGAAUAAGUGCCAUGCUUAUUGCUGAUUAGCUGUAGCUGUUACUCAUACUUACUAUAUACAUUGAUUAUAUGAAAUCUUACAUGAUUGUCAGGUUUGGUAUCAUAUGUUGUAUGGAGCACUUUACCUUGCCCCAGGUUUUAACUACACACCAGCAUUGUGAGUAGCACAAACACAUUUUGGCACAAAAUAAUGCCAACAUUUGUUUAUUAAAUUAUGUUUUCAAAUAUUUUGUUCUUAAUGUAAUCUUAAAAGACUAAUCUGGAUAUAAUGGGAAGUCGUCCAUUUAAUGUUGAAGACUGGCUAUGAACCAAUAUUUGGACAUGCCUGAAUCUGCCAACACAUUAAACUUAUUAUGCAUUAGGUGCCAGGAAGUAGCAAUGCUGCAUUGAAUGCCUUGAAGAAAAACAAUUGAUUUUCCUGCUUACAGGAAAUGUGUAUAAUCACAACUGGAAAGGUACACCAAAAAAAAAAUAAUAAUAAUAAUAAUAAAAAAAGAAAAAAAAAAAAAGUUCUGCCUCAAGGGAUAAUAUUUUAUGAUUUUUGAUGAUAGUAGGAUUUAUGAAAUUUCAUUAUUUUCAGCAUAGGUUAUGAGGCAUUCUUUGUUAAAUGAUAUUGAUUUUACCUCCUAUGUUGAUUUUGCUGCUCUGAGAACACAAAAUAGAAAUACAGGAAGAUAGGCAAGUGGAGUUCUCUUUGUAAUAUAGGAGGCAUUAUCCACAGUGAUCAGAUAAGAAAAGUCAUAAAAUAACUUCACAAAAAGUAAGGUACAAGGCUAGCAAAACUAGAGAUAACACAAUACAUUAUAACAUUAACAUACACUGUCAUAACUGUUUGAAAUAUUUCAUCACUGGCAUGAUGUCUUCAAUAUGGCAGUUUGGUGUUUAAUAAAUGAAAGACAAUUUUUUGAUGAGAAAUACACAAAGAACAGUUAUCAAGUAUUUUCUGUGGGAAAUUCAUCAAAUGCAAGUACAUGGUUUUAUGUCAUGUGAGAGAAAAUAAUCAUCAAAUGUAAGACUGGUCACCAUUUAAACCCUGUGGGACAUAUGUGCCAAGUUAUUGGUUAGUUAAGCUCAGAUCAUGAGAUGUGUAUCCUCACUUCAAAUGAUCACAUACUCAGUAGUAAAAGGUACAAUCUUUCAGUGGGUUCGAGUCCAGUCUAUGAACAAAGGUUGAGAGAAGUGAUGGCACAACAGCAGUAUUGUGUCAUCUUCAGUGAAUCUGUCAUAAGAUAAAUAUUGAAAAUCUUUAAAUCAUGAUAUCUCAAAAUAAUGUUUUGGUGCACCUGCCCCUUUUGUUUCAGAUAUCUUGUAUGAGAAGUACACUUGGCAAGUGAAAGAAUACUGCCACCAUAUCCUCUGCAAAUCUUAAUGGUAACUGGUAGGGACUCAUGGAGAAACUGAAAGCAAUAUUAUUGUUUAAAACUUUUACAAUGAGACAAGGUAUGGCAUUUUGUCUUGACUGUAAAUAAUAUUCCUUGUGACAACCUUAUUGUGAUUUAUUUGGUUCAGAAUAACAUUAAGAAAAAAAAAAUUAAUAAUUUUUAUCUGUUUAAGACAUCAUCUAAAUUUGGUUUGGAAUCAUAAGUACUUUUCUCCAGUGACUUAAGAGAAAGCAUGGAUGCAUCUGCUAUGUGAUUGCUCCUGAACAAACUUUCUUUAGGAUAGGAUGAAAUUUUUUUUUUUUAAAUCUAUGAUAAAUUACUUUGCAUACAUAAAAUUUAAUUUGUAUAAAUACUCAGAUGAUUUAAUAUUGAAAUAUCAUUAAGGCUUUUUAUUACAUCUAAUAUAUAUAUUGAGAAAAUUCUAUACUUAAGGAGAUCUGUCCAAUAUUACAUACUAAUUUAAAGAAGUGAUAAAUGUUUUAUCCAUGUAAAACUAUAUUCUUACAAAAAAAAGUUACAUGGGGAAGUUUAGCAUCACAACAGUAAAGAAAAGACAAAGUACACACAGAGAAAUGGGUGCUGUAACACAACUCACUCUAGGAGGAAUGUUUUCUAGCUUUUUACCUGUGAUAAUGACAUUCCUUGUAAAUAUAUUUUAUAAGUUUUAGUUUUAAUUUGAUUACUAUACUUACAUAGUGAGAAUAAUAUCAACUUUGACAUAAAGUUUGAUAAAUAUACAGUUGUUCAAAACUGCUGUGGAAUUGUAUAAUUACAUACAAGGGAGAUGUGAAGAGACAUGAGGUAAGGUGAAAAGAAAAGGAAGUUUUUUUUAAGUGAGUGAGCAGAGUGAGUCAGUGCACUCUGAGGCAAUAUUAAUCUCACUAAUAGGUAUAUGAACUAUUUUUAGUUUGCUCACUAUUUUAUUUGCUGAAAAAAAAAAUAGUUACUUUAUUAUUUAAGUCAAGAAAAUGAAACUAUAUGAAGCAACUGACAAAACUGUGAAUAUUUCUUUUAAGUAAUUACAUAUCAUUGAUUAUAUUAUGUGCAUAUAAAUGAUAAAAUGUAUAAUUGUCAGUAAUAUGGUAAUAAUACUUGUGUAUGUGUAGAGUGAAAAAGAUGUCAACACAGAUAUGAAAUAUAAAGAAAUAUUGAGGAUA